AGAAAAGCUGAUCAAUAAGCGCCACUUGCAGAGGUAAAAUGGCGAAGUCACAGUUGGAAACUGACGAAGAUAUGUCGUUUGACAAAAAUAUUUAUCAAGAGAAUUUUCUUUCUCACCGCCAAACAUCUGAACGAGGUUUAUUUGCAGGGAGGAGCGGAUCUGCGUUUCCACACCAGCGACUGGUGACCCUGGGCCUGAGCCUGCUCUGCGCUGCUCUGCUGGUCGUUGCUGCUGUCCUGGGGAUUUACUGUGCCAAAGCCAAAGACUUCCAGCUCCCCCCAUCAGCUGACGCUGCGCUCAUUGCUGAGCUGAACCAUUUCCGAAACCACUCAGGUAUCAUCAGAGCUAAACUGAACGCCGAGUCAGCAUUGAUGAGGGAGCGCACCAACCAUCUGCAGAUGAAGCUGCAAAUAAAGCAGAAAAAGACUGUCGUUGACAUCCUGCAGGGCAAGAUCGAGAAGCUUCAAAUAGAGAAGUCAUCGCUCCACACCAAUAAAACCGUCCUUGAGAAAAACUGUGGCAGAUGUCCAUCACGAUGGAUUCUUCUUAAAUCGUCCUGUUAUUACUUUUCGAAUCAAAAUUCCGAACCAAAAAAGAACUGGUCGGACAGCAGAGCAGACUGUAUCCAUCGAGGGGGCGACUUACUCGUGAUCAACAGUUUGGAGAAGCAGCAACUCAUCAGUGACAAUUUCCGAAGGGCGAGCAGUGGGUCUGAGUGGUGGCUGAAUGGCUUCUGGAUUGGCCUCACUCAAACGGCAACGCAGGGAACCUGGGUGUGGAUUAACAAUGUGGUCGAGACGUCCUCAAUAUACUGGAGGCUCGGACAGCCCAGUGAAAGUGGACCUCAGAGUGGGAGCUGUGCUGCUUUUCUUUACUAUUCUGACGCAAUGAGGACGUGGUACAAUUCAAACUGCAACGAGCAUCACCUGAACUGGAUCUGUGAGAUGAACACAACAAAUGUCCACUUGUAAGCACUGAGGUGUUAAAGCUAAAGUUAGCAUGAAAUCGCUCCAGACAUGUGCAAAUGUUGUGCAGAGAAUUGUGCUUUUUAUGUUUAUAAUUUAGAAAAGUAUAUAACACAUAGAACAACCAAUGAUAUGAAGCACAUUUUGUCUUAAUUGUUUUUGAAAUAAAACAUGUUCUGGGAAGUUCUUUCAUGAUGGAUCAUGCAUCACUAAAUUAAAUAAAAUCUUCCACACAGACCAUUGCUUGGUUGUCAAAUAAAUUCAAAAUGAUCUUGUUUUUCUUCUCUCAUUCCUCUCUUUCUUCCUCCUUUUUAUUUAUCUUUUUAUUUACUUUUCUUUUGUUUUUGGGGUUUGUUUUUUUU